ACCUCUCCUUACUCCUCAUACUUCAGGCGCCGUACCAUCGGCCGUGCCUCCUCUCCUCCAACCUGGGCUUGCUAUGAGCAAAUUCCAUCUGACGAUGAUGAUGAAGACUACAAUGACAGUCCUUCCGAAGAUGAGUCCUGCUCAGAAGACGGAGAAGACUACGGCCAUCAUGACCGUGGUUCUGACGGAGAUCUUGUCGUAAAUACUGAGAGGCAGGAUGAUACGCAGAACAUGGAGAUCGAUCGAGGUGAUCAAGGAGCUGACGAUGAGAAGAAUGCUGCCAAGUUUAAAAAGGAUAUGAAGGGCAAACAGAAAGCACUUGAUCCUGAGCCAGAGCCAACAAAGAAGCAUUAUCGCAAGCGAGAGCGCCGGCCGACUUAUACGCUUCGUCCAAUCUUGACCAUUCAGAAGAGCCAAGGUUUUGUAUGGAACCAGGAUCUUUUCGUCCCCCCUUACAUUAAAGAUAGAUACGUUGCAUCUACAUCACCACCAUGCUCGAAAGGGUUUUCCAGCUCUUGGACGUCAAAUACAUCUUCGAUGACUGAUUACAGCGAGGUAGAAGUGGUAGAGAUUCGGGUCAGAGAUGGCGAACUCUAUGAUAUUAUUCCUUGA